AGUUAAAGUACCAUUGAUUUAAAAGAUAAAGUGCUGUGUAACUGUAUCACUUUCCCAUGAUGCCGGGUAGUACAGAGGCAGUAACCAUGACAGCCGUGUUGUUGUUGGUGCUAGAGCUAGUAGCAUAGCCGCUCAAUACAGUCAAUUCAAGCCAACUUUAGCGUUUUAAUACGUAAAUCGACUGUAUACGUGAUGCAAAAAUGUUUUUUAUUUAGAUGUAGCAGUGCUAGGAAGUGUGUUUUGAGGGAAUAACUAUGCCGCUGCUAGUGUACAUGUUAGCUAACCUUUAGCAGGUAGCCGCUACAUAGCGUUAGCAACAUUUGUGGUGCUGUAGGAAAUGUCUUUGUUGUCCUACUGUUAUUUGUGGGUUCAAAAUGCGGGGACGAGACGACGAGACGGGAAGGGCUUAAGUCUUUAAAAAGACGGAGAAUGAUUUCACGGUACAACAGGAAACCUGUGUCGCACAAGCUGGAAAUCCGUGGCUUGUCUCACAGCAGCCUCAACCACCACCCUCUCCCUGAGGAAGCAGACACCCAACCCCCUCAAUGCUCCCUCCAAGAUGUAGAGGAAGACACCCCCAUCCACAACAGUUGUGAGACAUUCUGCUCCUCCAGCCAUUCCGACUGUCCCACAGUCAUCUCAGUGGCCUCCAGCCGGUCCUGGUCGGGUAUCCAUAGCUCCACGGAUACGGGCAUCUCCACUGAGAGGAGCUCUGUCUUCUCCUGGGGCUACGAUGAGUUUGACAACGCAGCGUCACGACAAGUGCAGCGAAUGUUUGAGGAGAUCGACAAAGAGCUGUAUGAGGGGAAAGGCAGUGGCGGAGGGAUAUUGCCGGGACUGCAGGACGAGUGUCAGCAGUGGGCCGAACGCUUUCCGCAUCUUCGGAUCCUCGGGACCCAGCUGCUGUGCCCCAGUGACAAGGGCUUUCAGUGGUACAAAACAUCAGGGGCGGUCAGCAGUAGCAUCCCAUCAGCAUGCCAGAAGUCAAUGGAGAAAGAAGAGAGCGGGGCAGAACUGAACGUGAAAGGCUGCAGCGCGGCACUGCUCAAGUCCAGCUCGGCCGAUCUAGACGUCUCCAUAAAGAACUGCAAGGACAGGCCCAGAGUGAUCGAGGCAGAAGGUCACAUGGAGGAGUACUUGGCCUUUGACAGCAUCAGCCUGGAGGACGAAUGGAAGUGCUCGGAGCCGUCCCUCAGACACCGCUGCAUGCCUCCCGUCUCGCCAUACAAGUGUCGCCGUCAGGCUGUCCUCGACCAGCUGUUUGACGACGUGUGGAGGCAACUUGUGGGCUGCAUGAGGGAGCUGGUCCAGCGCCAGUGGGAGUGCCACGCCAUAAAUGAUGAAAGGACCUCUGGGAACGCGAGUCCUUCACCGUUUACGCUCUCCACAAUCCCGACCAUGCUGCCCAAACUUGGACACGGCAGAGCGCCGCAUCUGCCUAUGCUUGCCACCAGCCUGCAGUUCCAGAGGUCAAGGGACUCAAAGCACAAGUCCCGACGGAAAUCCAAAAGGCAGAAAAGGCCGCCCAGUGCAGGAAAGGCCCAGCACAACCUGAACGACCUCAUCAUGAUCCACAGCAUCCCGUUACAACAGCGGAAUCUGGCCGCUCUGGACAGAACCCAGGAGCCGGAGGAGCGCGCACCCCUGAGACCGGGCUCCAGCUUGUCACCUGUGAGCAAGCCUCGCACUCGCCGGGUUCUGGAGCAGAGUUCGUCGUCGCUGACGCGCCCGCCUCAGUCGGCACGACGCAGAAAUCUUCCGCCCCGCACGUUGCAGCCUCUGGCUCCUAAUCUCAGUCAGUCCAGCGCAGUGGGAUCCAUGGAUGAGGUCAUUCGGGGGACACGGCUACCCACAGCCAGCGACCGGCUGAUGUCUCCACUGUUUGCGCUGAGCAGGAACACGCUCCUGCCGCCCAUUGGCACCGGAGACGUGGAGCUCUCCCCCUCGGGGCAGCACUCCAAAGCCGCUCAGCGCCAGAAAGGCCCGUCAAUCGUCAGCCGGGCCCACAGCGCUAUAAACGACGAGGUUGCUAGUUCAAUCCCAAGGGAUCGUCUUUAUCCCCUUGAAGUCUUCUCCCGCCCCAACACUACGCACACAUAUAGGUCGGAUACUCCUUACCGGCGGUCCUUCACGGUGUUGGACAACAUCGGGCAGGGGAGGACUGGCAGAGCUUCCAUCGCCACGGAUUCCCUUGGGAUCGGCGUAACCGGUGUCAGCCUCGGCAUCGCUAGCUCAUCUUUUCUAGACUCCUUUUCCCACCACCAUCCCUCGGGUCACUGGCCUAUCAGGGAUGAGGAAGAGGAACCUGACGUGAAAGCCCUGCCCACAGCUGCACUGGUGCCCGUGUCUGUCCCACCUCGCGCUCACAGCCGAGGCGGCUUCUCAUCCAGACUCAGCAGACCUGGACUGUAGCAGGUGGAUUUCAAAGCCUCCAUGCACUUUAGCCAUUCUUCUUUAAAAACAGCAGUCAAGUGCCCACCUUUUCCUUUUUUUUUUUUUAUUUUACAGAAACCGUUUCAUAAAAGGUCUAUUUUUGUAUUUUAAAUCAGCUGUUGCGGCUGCCAAAACAAAACAGGAACACUCGGAUCUGCAAGAUGUGUGCUUCUUUGAAUGUGUGAACGUGACAAGUGUUCUGUUGUGACAAAGCAGGGAACAACACAACAAGCAGGACGGGGAUGAACACUUUUAGUACUGUACUUUUCUAAAAACACUUUGUGACAUGUUCACUCAUUAUAAAGUCAGUCCCGUUAUCCCCCCCACCUCCCUUAAUUAGCAUUUUAUGAUAUUGUAGACAGUUAAAGGUGCAAAACUGUGGAAAAAUGCAAAUCAUGUACAAGAAUAUUAACUUUAUUGUUCUAUAACGGCACUAACAAAAAGUGCAAUUACAUUUUAUUACAAGAACAUUAAAAUGCAAAAACAAAGAUAAAGGGAUGUCAGGAAUGUCUCCUCACUUUUUUCCUCUUCGUGCUUUUUGGGAUUUUCCACUUUUUUUUUGAGUACUUGGCCUCCAGGUCGGACAAGAAACUAUUAAAGUUCUGCUCCCUGGAUUUGUUUCUUUGCUGCAAAAUAACAAAUUGGAGAUUUAGAGAGAGAAAAGCAACCAAACUAAACCUGCCCCGUAAACACUUAACGUUACCUUGAUCAUCAUCGCCAGACUGUCGUCCUCCUGACCCAGCCCCAUCUCCUUCUGCAUCUCCUCUGCUUCUUGUCGCUCUCUGUCAGCCUGGAGGAGAAAAUCACAUUAUUAAGGAAUUUGAACACAAAUUCCUGUUUUUGUUCAAGUGCCACUUACUCUCUUCCUCCGAGCUCUCUUCUUCUUAUCGCUCUCCUUAGCGAAGGCAGGGAACUCUGAGACUUCUCCACUUUCGAUGGCAGCCCGGAUUAUGUCACCCAGCCUGGGCUCAUCUUCCUGGGAGCUGCAGAGCGUCGAGGCCAUGAUGGCGUCCAUGUCCCCCUCGU